AUGGUGUUGGUGCUGCGAGCCCUGCUGCCCUGCCUCUGCACCCUGCUCUCCCUGGACCUGCUGCCUGGGGUGGAACCUGCCGUGCCCCUCGAGGACUUCUAUCCCUUUGGCCAGGACAAGGGGGACACCCAGACCAUCGCUCAGGACGACGGAGGCUCCGGGCUCGUGGAGAUCUCUGUUGCUUUCCCCUUCUUUGGAGACAGGCACACCGGACUCUAUGUGAACAACAAUGGCCUCGUAUCUUUCCUGAGGGAGGUGUCUCAAUUCACACCCGUUGCUUUUCCGAUCGCCGGGGACAGGAGGGUCGUAGCGCCUUUCUGGGCCGAUGUGGACAACCGCCGGGCAGGGAGAGUCUUCUACAGGGAGAGCCAGGAGCCUUACAUCCUGAGCAGGGCCUCGGGUGACGUCAGGACGUACUUUUCAGAGUUCCCCAACUUCAACGCAACGUGGGUCCUCGUCUCGACAUGGCACCAAGUUACUUUCUUCGGAGGCAACUCGCGCACACCGGUAAAUACUUUCCAAGUGGUGCUCAUUACAGACGGAGAGCUUUCCUUCACUAUAUUCCAGUACAAUAACAUCACUUGGACCACAGGCAUGCAUGCCAGCAGCGGGGGAAACCUGGCUGGGCUAGGAGGGAUCGCGGCGCAGGCAGGUUUCAACGCCGGUGACGGCAAUCGCUAUUUCAACAUCCCCGGCUCUCGCACGGCCGAUGUGGUGAACGUUGAGGGAACCACCAACGUGGGCUACCCGGGCAGAUGGGUCUUCCGUAUUGACAACGCACACGUAGAAGUGGGUGGCUGCAACAACUCCGCGUCGGUGUGCCCACACCUGCGACCAUGCCUGAACGGAGGCCAGUGCAUUGACGACUGUAUUACAGGCAACCCCUCCUUCACUUGCUCCUGCUUGGCUGGCUUCACCGGUCGCCGAUGCCAGAUCGAUGUCGAUGAAUGUGCUUCGUAUCCUUGCCAGAACGGAGGGACUUGCAAAGACCAGAUUAACAGUUUCAUCUGUCAGUGUCCUCCUGGAUACACUGGGAUUCUGUGUGAAACAGACCUUGACGAGUGCAAAGACAGACCGUGCCUCAACGACGCGCUGUGUGUACAAGGCGCUGGCAGCUUCACCUGCGUGUGUGAACCAGGUUACACUGGUGUCCUGUGUGAGACAGACAUAAACGAAUGUGAGUCGCAGCCCUGUCUGAAUGGAGGAGAGUGCAUCGAUCAGGUGGCCAACUUCACCUGUAUUUGUCCGUCUACCUUCACUGGAAUGCUCUGUGAGACAGCCCUGUGUGAGGAGGAGGAUUGCAAGAAGCACCAGAUUUGUGAAUACACCAGCUCCGGACUCUACAACUGUACAUGUGCUCCAGGCUUCUACGGUGACAAGUGUGAAGAGGAAUGUCCUUGCCAGAAUGGGGGUGUCUGUGUGGACAUCAAUGGGACUUGUGAAUGCCCUUCAGGCUACACAGGACUCUACUGUCAGUUUGAAGUAACCCAGACGCCGUGCAGUAACAGCAGGCCGUGUCCUGAUGGAGGUCCUUGUCUGGAGUACGGCGGGACCUACCUGUGUACAUGUCAGACUAGUGGAGUAGAAGUAGAUCAUAAGGACAUCUACCCCUAUGUACAGCCCCGAUCGGUCUGUGACUCCUUUCCAUGUCUGAAUGGGGGCUACUGCUACGAGCGGGACGGAGGCUACACCUGCGAAUGCAAAUACGGAUACUGGGGGAAGCACUGUGAGAAAGUCAGACUCAAUAGCUGCGCCUCUGGUCCCUGCCGCAACGGAGGCUCCUGUAAAGAAGAGGCAGGGAGCUACAGAUGCGUGUGUCCUUACAGAUUCACUGGAAAACACUGUGAAGUGGGGAAGCCAGACCCCUGUGCCUCGAGCCCCUGUCUAAAUGGGGGGACAUGUUUCCACUACAUAGGGAAGUAUAAAUGUGAAUGCACUGAGGCCUUCAGCGGCAGACACUGUGAAAUAAGCAGGAGCUCAGUGCAAACUUCAUCAGAGCUGAGCUGUGGGCCGCCCCCGCAAGUGAAGCACGCCGAGGUCCAGUUCUCCUCAACAACACCAGGCUCCAUGGCUGUGUAUAUAUGCCACUCCGGCUUCACGCCAGUGCCCAGAGCCACCCAGAGCAUCUGUGGUAUUCAGGGAGACUGGAGCCAGCCACCCAUUUGUGAGGAGAUCAACGAGUGCCUGUCACAGCCGUGUCUCAACGGUGGUACGUGUCGAAACCAGGUCGGAUCCUACCAGUGUGAGUGUAGCGAUGGCUUCAGUGGAAAUCGCUGUCAAACAGACAUAAAUGAAUGCCUGUCGGAGCCCUGUAAGCACGGCGGGACAUGUGAGGACCAGCCUGGCUCCUACUUGUGCCACUGUCCACAAGGCUUCAAAGGCCGCAGCUGUGAAAUAGAGCAGGACGCGUGCGACUCCAACCCCUGUCUAAAUGGAGGUGUGUGUCGGGGUUACAGGAGGCAUUACUUGUGCGUGUGCAAAGACGGCUUUUUUGGGGACCAGUGCCAGAUGUUGGAAGACCCAUGUGUACUGCAGCUUUGUGGAAACCGUGGCGUCUGCAAGACUGACAGGAGAGGGAACUACAACUGUGUUUGCAAAACAGGAUACACGGGCAAAGACUGUGAGAAAGACCUGUUGCCUCCCUCUGGUCUCCACGUGCUGCGUGUGGAGGAGAACGAGGUGGAGCUGCGCUGGGAUGAGCCGGAGCCCUCGCACAGCCUGAUCAGCGGGUUCGCCGUCACCUACGCUCCCCUGGGCCGCAGCGACCCCAAAACGGAUUACCUGGACAGGCAGCAGUCCACCCACGUUAUGCGAGGCCUGGUGCCCGGCCUGCUCUACAACAUCUCCACCUACUCCAUCAAACGCAGCAGCAACAGGAAAGACUCCAGCCAGCCUGCCACCGCACUAAUACGCACCAGACCUCGGCGGGUGGAGCAGCUGCAGGUGGUCAAUGUGUCUUCAUCUCAGGUCUGGCUCAGUUGGCUGGUCCAGGCAGCUCGCCACGCCGCAGUCAGCAGGGUGCACGUGUCUUUGUUGCCCUCAGAUGGGAGCGAGGCUCGCACUGCGGUGCUCAACACCAGCACCACUGAGCACACCUUCAGCUCAUUGCGUCCUGGUCAGAUGUACACAGUGGAUGUGCUGACUCAGAGUGGAAUCAGACCGGAUGAGUUUCCCUCCACCAGCCACUCAGCUGGACCCCUGCAGUUCUGGACAAGGCCCCUCCCCCCGCAGAACCUCUCCCUGUCACAUGUGACCACUAACUCAGCGCUGAUCACCUGGAGCCGCCACCCGAGAAACGUCCCAGAUGGCUUUGUGGUCAACGUGACCCGAGGGUUGAAUACCAGGAGUCGCUUCCUGCCCAAUGGGAAGUUAGGAUCAUAUACCCUCCGUGAACUGACACCAGGACAGCACUACUACGUAGCUCUCACAUCCGUCAAAAACACAGGGCAGGAGCAGAUCCACAGCGUUCCUCAGCACUUGGCCUUCACUACCUUGCCGAUGGAGGCCAGAUCACCAAGAAGAGAGAGGCCGACAGCAACUGGACAGGGGGGUCAGGUGGGACGCACACCUCCCCCAUCCCAGCCUCAGGACCUGGGGGGAACAGCAGAAACAGAGAACUCAGAGGAACUGCCCAGAUACACAGAGCUCAUUGACAGGAGGGGAAAGAUAACAGCGAAGUUCACUCACUUACCUCGAAAAGCCAUUCGACAUCGGAAUAAACCUGACCCGCCGAUUAGAUUAGAGAAGAUGGAAGAAACAACAAACAAAAUCAGCCUCGCACUGGAGAUUCAAGAGGAAGGUUUAAGAACGAAGCCUGAGUUGCCCCAGGACUGCCGCAGCCUGCCCUGCCAGAACGGGGGUACAUGUGUGAACGGAGGUGACUCCUUCAUCUGCGACUGCACAGCGGGGUUCAAGGGCAGACAGUGUGAACUGUCGUGCCAGCGAGUGCCACACCCGUGUACCCGAAUCUACUCUGAAACGAAGAGUGUGCCUGUGUGGGAGGGCGGAGUGUGCCACUACCUGUACAAAAGAACAUAUAAAGUACAGCAGGAUGUCUGUUAUCGAGAGAUUUGUGAACCGGUGCUUCCCAAGAAGAGUCAGGUCAGAAGAACAAACAGACAACAGUGAAGAGCACUUGGAUACUGAUGAAAGGACUGUCAUCGCUGUCAUGUGAAAAACCUCCCUGCUUCAAUUUUGGGUUUUUUUUUUUUUAUAAUCUACUUGAAGUAACUGAUUAUGGUCAUUUUUUUGUGCUGAAAAACCCUGUCAGAACCCACUGUAAUGUUUCACACACAGAUCGUCAUUCAUCUGAACAAAAACAAAACAAAAAAAAAAGCUUUCGUUUCUUAAUCCCUGACAGCUGCGUUUGUAGCUCCGUGCUUCACGAAGAGGCUUCGAUCAAUCAAGUGAAAAUGGCCCCAAAUCAUUUAUCAUUUCCGAUGUUUGACGACUGACUUUUUUCACACAAACACUCGUAUGCAAUUAUUGAUGGUAAGCAGUCCACUGCAGUGCAUCAGAGACCUUAUAUACCUCAUUUCCAUGUCCAUGCUGACACAUUAGGAGAGGUUUUUUUAUUUUUAUUUGUGAUUCAGCUGCAGGUUUGUCCCUCAGGGAAAUAACUGUAGAGCGUUAUGAGUCCCAGUCUUUUCCUUAUACCAGCCCCCUCAUCUCCUUAUAAAGACAAUGGGAAAUGUAUAUUUUUUUUCCACACCCCAUAAAUUCAUCUCUUCUCUUCUGACAAUGGUGCACAGUGUUUUCUGUGUAUAAAUAUCUUUCUCUGUGUCUCAGCAGGCAUCACUGCUCGCUACUCUGUAAAUAGUGUU